CUUGUUCACUUCCCGUGGUUGGAAGAUCAGUUUCAUUUUCAUCUCUUCCCCCUCCGUGCUUCUUCUCGGCAGCAUGUCCAGCCAUGCAACUCGCCUCCGGCUGAAACUCCCAGCAAUAUGCUGCCUCCUCCAGCUCGUCACCAUCAUCCUCUUCGCUGUUUUCAUCCGUUACGAUCAAGAGACCAGCGCCAGGCUGUGGCACGAGGAGCUGACGCGCCACAACAAAAGCAACCGGGACAACGAGUUUUACUUCCGCUACCCGAGUUUCCAGGAUGUCCACACCAUGAUCUUCAUCGGCUUCGGCUUCUUGAUGACCUUCCUGAAACGUUACGGGUUUGGCAGCGUGGCCUUCAACUUCCUAAUUGCAGCAUUUGCUAUAGAGAGCAUGAUCAAUGCUGAUUUCUGCUCCGGAGCUGUCCUGAUCUCCUUUGGGGCAGUUCUGGGCAAGACAAGCCCUGUCCAGCUGCUGCUGAUGGCCCUGUUCGAAGUCACCCUCUUUGGUAUUAAUGAAUACAUCCUUCUCAGCCUCAUUGGGGCAAAAGAUGCUGGAGGCUCUAUGACCAUCCACACUUUUGGAGCUUACUUUGGAUUGAUGGUUUCUCGGGUUUUGUAUCGGCCCCAGCUGGACAAAAGCAAACAGAGGGAAGGCUCUGUGUACCACUCAGAUCUCUUUGCGAUGAUUGGAACAAUCUAUCUGUGGCUCUUCUGGCCAAGUUUUAACUCCGCGAUCACAGCUCAUGGUGACGAUCAGCUGCGGACAGUCAUGAACACGUACUUCUCGCUGGCGGCAAGCACCCUGGCCACCUUUGCCAUCUCAGCCCUCGUCAAUGAGGAAGGCAAACUGGACAUGGUCCACAUUCAGAACGCAGCCUUAGCUGGUGGGGUUGUGGUGGGGACGUCGGCCGAGAUGAUGCUGACGCCGUUCGGCGCCAUGAUCGCCGGGUGCCUCGCCGGCCUCGUUUCUACCCUGGGCUUCCGAUUCCUCACGCCCAUCCUGGACUCCAGACUAAAAAUACAGGACACCUGCGGGGUCCACAACCUCCAUGGGAUUACCAAGAAACCCUUCCUGUUCAGGCGCAAGAUAGGGACAAAGACCCACCCCGGUCAGCGCAAGUUACAGGAGGCCCUGCACAUACCUGGCUCUUGCCUGUCUUGCAGGAUGGCUGACGUGUUCCCCUUAAUCGCUGACGGAAGCCGGACAGCAACGUACCAGGGAGCCUGCCAGUUCUUUGCAUUACUCAUCACGCUGGGGGUCGCAGUGGUCGGAGGAAGCCUCGUGGGAGCUGGCUUGAAAAUCAGGGCCUUGGGGGCCCCUCCGGAUACUCAGUGCUUCGAAGACCAGCUCUACUGGGAGGUCCCUGAGAAUCAUCACGAUGGAUACUUGCCGGCUGCAAAUCCUGAGGACCCAGAGAGGAGCGCAAGCAUCUAAUGGGAUUUCCUUCUCUAGCAAGGCUCUGCGUUGGCACCACCUGAUUUAAGCCAUCCAGUAUGCGGGGAGAUUUCCCAGACUGGAAGGGGUCUUAGUGUAGACUUAGUCUGAGAGUAGCCUGAGUUUUGGGCAGAGAUGUAGUUAGUGACCGGAAGAAGGAAACCGGGUUUGGGUCUCCACCCCAUCUCAUCUCCUCUCGCAAGGUGCAUUAUAGCUGCCUUCCCAUGUAUAUUCCUUCUGGGACAGGACGGUCCCUGCCCAUCCACCCUGUGCCUGGAACACAAAGCGAAGGGAAGCCCGGAUCAAUGUUCCCACCCUCACCCCCAUUCCGUCUCACUCGCUGUCCAGGCUCCUUCCGAGAGAAGAGGAAGGCGAGGCAGGUCAGAGGCUAGACUGAGAAAUCUGGAUUCAGUGGGUAGCUUGGACAGACACCCAAUGUGGGACCAGGCCAGCCCUUCAAGGCUGAUGAACACUACACACCAGCAUCCCUGAAGUCUUGCAGCCUGGGUGGAUUGUUCUUACUUCAGUUUAACAGCAGCUGAUCUCACAACUGUUCCUAAUUGGUGUAAGUGAAAUCCACGAAAAGCGUGCCAGCUGAAAUGAACGUGCCCACCCAGCCGUGGGCACUGGGAUAAAAACCACAGCUUGGGUUCAACCAGAGUAGCUCUGCCCCUCAUCCCUCUGGUCCCCUGUUUCCCUUAGACUCCUAGGCUGCGUCUAGACUGGCAUGAUUUUCUGCCAAUGCUUUUAACGGAAAAGUUUUUCCGUUAAAAGCA